AUGGCCGAUGCAGCAGAGUGCAAUGGCGAGGCCGUUGAUCUCGGCCGUAGAGGUCUCCGAAUCGGCGCAAUUUUCAUCAUCAUGGCCUCCUCGCUCAUUGGCGCAAUUUUGCCUAUUUUCCUGGCGCGCCAGAAGACGAUCCCGGUACCCAAGUUUACAUUCUUCAUUUGCAAGUUCGUCGGUACCGGCGUUAUCAUAGCGACAGCUUUUAUGCAUCUUCUGGUCCCGGCUGUCGAGAACUUGGGCGACGAAUGCCUCGAGGAUCGCCUAGGUGGCUACGACUGGGCCGAGGCAAUCGCCCUCAUGACUGUCAUUGUCAUGUUCUUCGUUGAAAUGCUCGCUGCUCGCCUCAGCAACGCUGAUAUGGAGCACAAUCACUCUGAUGAGUUCGAUCCUGCCAUGGAAGUUAUUGCCAAGAAGUCACCCAGCACCGACAUCGAGACCGCAGACCGCAGAACAUCCGGCUACGCUCCUGGAGGCGACGAGCACCUUGCCCAUGGCCGCGAGCACAAAGAAGGCGAUGCACAGGGUGGACUUGCUGGCCAGCUUCUUGCAAUCUUCAUUCUCGAGUUCGGAGUUGUGUUCCACAGCAUAUUCAUUGGUCUCACUCUCGGUACGAUUGCCUCCGAUGAGCUUACGGUUCUCCUGAUCGUCCUUGUAUUUCACCAGAUGUUUGAGGGCCUCGGUCUCGGUUCACGCCUGGCUGUUGCUCCCUGGCCCAGUAACCGACAGUGGAUGCCAUAUCUGCUCGGUUUCAUUUUCGCUUUGUCGACUCCCAUCGGUAUUGCUGCUGGCAUAGGAGCCAAGCCCAACAAUGCUAGCGACCAGAAGCUUAUCAAUGGAAUUUUCGACGCCAUCAGUGCUGGUAUUCUCAUGUACACUGGUCUGGUUGAGCUCCUCGCCCACGAGUUCAUGUUCAACCCUUACAUGCGCAAGGCCCCCAUCAAGAUCCUCUUGCUGGCGUUUGCUUGCGUCUCAUUCGGUGUUGCUGUUAUGGCUAUUCUCGCCAAAUGGGCAUAA